CCCUAACAGAGCACAUGUAGGACACGAGGUGACAUCGUGUCACAUCAAAGACCGGUUUAAAAGAGGGUCACAAGUGAGACUGUCAAAGUUCUUCAUUCUGGCUAUGAUUUAUUCAGCUUAGAUUUGAAAGAAAGUGUACAUCUUUGGUGCCCUUGGGAACAGGUGGAAGAUAGGAGGUUUGGUUACAUAGAGUGGAAGUACAUAGGGAGCAUACUUGACUCCACUGAAAGUGUUAUUUAUUUAUUUAUUAAUUUAUUUAUUGAGAAGUCAACACGGACAACCUAACGACAUAUCAGACAAUGGCACCUCGUCCUGAGCUGGAUGACAGUUGUAAAGACAUGCCAAAAGUCAUUGAUGAGAAGUCUGUCUCCAUGGCCCCUGCUCUCUCCACAGCAGCUCUCAUUGAGGACAAUCCGUGGGAUUUGCCUGAACUAAAGGACGUGGGGGUUAAAUGGGCAGAUCUGGACACAAAAGGAAAGAUCUUCAAAGUUUUAAUCACAGCAGGAAAACUUAUUGGUCUGCUUGGUCUGCUCUAUAUGUUUGUUUGCUCACUGGACAUCCUCAGCUCAGGCUUCCAGCUUGUUGGAGGUAAAGCAGCAGGAGACAUCUUCCAGGACAAUGCAGUACUGUCAAAUCCUUUGGCAGGCCUGGUAAUUGGGAUGCUGGUAACUCUGCUAGUUCAGAGCUCAAGCACGUCUUCAUCCAUUGUGGUCAGCAUGGUUUCAUCUGGAUUGCUUCAAGUCUCGACUGCUGUUCCUGUGAUCAUGGGGACCAACAUUGGCACAUCAGUCACAAAUACUUUUGUUGCAAUGACGCAAGCUGGAGACAGGAAAAUGUUUCGCAGGGCAUUUGCCGGAGCCACAGUGCAUGAUUUCUUCAACUGGCUUUCCGUCCUAAUCCUGUUACCACUGGAAGCUGCCUCAGGUUACCUGGUGAAGCUCACAGAACUCAUAGUGAAGUCUUUCCAUAUACAAAGUGGAGAAAAUGCACCUGACCUCCUUAAUGUCAUUACCGACCCCCUCACCAAGUCUAUCAUAGAGCUUGAUGAGUCUGUGUUAAGUGGCAGUGCUAUUGGGGACCCUGAAGCAAAAAACAAGUCUCUUAUCAAGAUCUGGUGUCAUACUGCAAAAAACAUGACCCUUCAGAAUGUGACAGCAGAAAACUGCACAAACUUUUCUUGCUGGGAAUUGAAAAAUGUUACAGAAAUUAUAAACAUCAAAAAGUGCAAUCACAUUUUUGUAAACACAAACCUGUCUGACCUGGCAGUGGGUCUGAUUUUGCUGUUUGGCUCUUUGCUCAUCCUGUGCACAUGCCUCAUUUUGAUCGUGAAGCUGCUGAACUCGAUGCUUAAGGGUCAGGUGGCUGUAGUCAUCAAGAAAAUCAUCAAUACUGAUUUUCCAUUCCCGUUCGGGUGGUUGACUGGAUACAUUGCAAUCCUGGUGGGAGCUGGAAUGACGUUUAUUGUCCAAAGCAGCUCUGUCUUCACCUCCGCUAUAACUCCUCUUGUUGGUAUUGGUGUCAUAAGCAUUGAAAGGGUAUAUCCUCUGUCCCUGGGAGCAAACAUUGGCACAACUACAACAGCAAUACUAGCAGCAAUGGCCAGCCCAGGGGAAACACUGGAAAAUUCAUUACAGAUAGCCCUGGUUCAUCUCUUCUUCAACAUUUCUGGGAUUUUGCUGUGGUACCCAAUCCCCUUUACACGUCUCCCCAUUCGUAUGGCAAAGGCUCUGGGUGACAUAACAGCCCAGUACCGAUGGUUUGCCAUCUUUUACAUCAUCACCUGUUUCUUCGCCUUCCCUCUGUUCAUCUUCGGACUUUCUCUGGCUGGUUGGCAGGUCCUUGUGGGGGUGUUAAUACCCAUAGUGGGCCUUCUUCUUUUCGCUAUUGUCGUUAACAUUUUACAAAAGCAGAAACCAGGGUGGCUUCCUUUCUGUCUUCAAUCUUGGGACUUCCUCCCUCUGUGGGCUCACUCUCUGAAACCAUGGGAUAGAAUCGUUGUCAGGAUGGCCGCUCGCUGCUGCUGUUGUUGCAAGUGCUGCAAUUUUACGGAAGAAGAUGAGGAGAUGGAAAAACAUGAAAAUAAAGAUGGAAUAGAGAUGUAUGACAAUCCGACAAUGAAUGUUGAGGUCAAAGAAGACAAGAAAACACUAGAUGCUCCUGAAAUGCUCAAGGCAACCUCUUUAUAGACAUGAAUGCGCAUUUGUGUGUUAUUACUAUGUUAUUAUUAAUUUAUUUUAAUAAAUAACUAUAAAAUGUCUGUGACAUAUCAAACUCAAACUGGUUUUGAAUUUUAUGUUGAACUUGAAGUUCAGUAGACUGCUGAACUAAAAAAGAUGAAAAUAUUUUCAUAG